UCUGAGGCCAUGUCGUUAUAGCACGUGCUAACCUCUAAUAUGCUCAUGCAUUGAAUAGCGUGUGUGAUGCUGGGAACCAGGAAUAACAUGCAAUCGUAGAGACAGAGUUGCCCUACCCCUACUGACAGAUACUACUCGGUGUUCUAACGUACAUCAUAUCCUAACAUUGAUGGGAGUGUUUGGCGAGGAUGUGCUAACAGACCUGCCCGUCAGUGUAUCGACGAGUACAUAGAUCUUCCACCAUUGUAAAGGAAAGGGUUGGAUCGAUUAGGCGGAUAUGACUGGUGAAGGAGGCUGUCGGAGACAAUGCCUUGUUAAUUAGGCUCAACAUUAAUCUACGAGGAGCCUAUCCCACCCACGACAUGAUGUCGGUUGCCACGGUGUUGCCGAUGGAGGGAGGAGAAACACCUAGCCCUGGGCGAGGGAGACGGGUGGGAAGCACAUCCACGUAUAGUCGUCAAAGUGUUUCAACGAUCGGUUCGACCGCUGGACGGAGCAGUACAUCCACAAAUGGACGGGGAAGUGUAUCAACAACCGGAAGAGGAAGUACGUCACGGCCCCCUAACGAUGUUGACCUCGUUUAUAUCCAGUCCCUCACCAAUCACCAAAUAGACAAGUGGAAAUCUCUGUUCGAGACAGUAGACCGGACAGGCGGUGGGGAGAUGACGGUUGAAGACUUUGAGCGUGUGCUGCAGGACCCCGAAUUUUAUCCUGACCUAGACAGACAUACUGCUGAGGUCCUGAUGAUGAAGUGUCUGGAGCCAAAUCGUCAGUUUAUAUCCUACCAGGAGUUCAUCAAUAUUAUGAGUAAUAAAAGAAAUCCUAGUUUCCGACUCGCCAUAGAGACACAGGGUAAGGAACACUUUCUACUGACCAGUCAGUAUCCAAGCAACACUACAUUUUUCCGCGGAAUGGUGCGCUACGUAGCCGAGCAGUACCUGACGGACGAGUUGGAUAGACAGUACUACGCAGACAAGUACAGUUGUUGUCCACCCCCACUAUUCAUCCCGUUUAUAACUAUGGCAGAGGUGGGUUUCUUUGUGUACCACUGUUUGGAGGCCAACAACAUCAGUCCUACCGGCCCAGUCCCCGUGGAGAGCGUCUUUAUCUACCGUCCAGACCGCCGUCUCCAGCUAUGGAGGUUUAUCUUCUAUAUGUUUAUACAUGCCGGAUGGGUACAUUUAUUUUUCAACAUGUUGGUACAAAUCAUCGUUGGUAUUCCCUUGGAGAUGGUCCACGGAUCUUUCCGGAUUGCACUCGUUUAUCUUGCCGGAGUUCUGGCAGGAUCUCUAGGUACUUCCGUGUUCGACAUUAAAGUCUAUUUAGUGGGGGCCUCGGGAGGGGUGUACGCGUUAUUGGCAGCUCAUCUAGCGAAUGUUAUGCUGAAUUACACACACAUGGAGUUUGGCAUAUUGAAAUUGGCAGCUGUUCUCAUUGUUGCUAGCGCAGAUGUUGGCUUCGCUAUAUGGGACCGAUAUUCCAGUUUAGACAAGGCACCGCCUGUCGGAUACACUGCUCAUCUUAUGGGAGCAUUGGCAGGAUUAACCAUGGGACUUGUAGUUUUGAAAAACUUCGAACAAAAACUUCACGAGCAGUACUUAUGGUGGAUAUCACUAUCCAUAUACCUUGUUUGUUUUGCAUUCGCCAUUUUCUGGAAUGUGUUUUAUUAUUGAUUCUCUCAGGAGCUCUUCAUCGACAUCAUCAACGUCAUUAUCGUCAUCAUCAAAAACGUCAUCGUCUAUUCUGUUGUUGACUCAGGUACCGCCAUAUGGUCAUGUGACUUGAGUAGUCAGCCAUUUCGUAUGGUCAUGUGACUGGAAUAGUCAGCCUCGCCGUAUGGUUAAUGUGACUGGAAGUAGUCAGCCUCGCCGUAUGGUCGUGUGACUGGAGUAGUCAGGCUCGCCGUAUGGUCAUGUGACUGGAGUAGUCAGCCUCGCCGUAUGGUCAUGUGACUGGAGUAGUCAGGCUCGCCGUAUGGUCAUGUGACUGGAGAUGUCAGGCUCGCCGUAUGGUCAUGUGACUGGAGAAGUCAGCCUCGCCGUAUGGUCAUGUGACUGGAGAAGUCAGCCUCGCCGUAUGGUCGUGUGACUGGAGAAGUCAGCCUCGCCGUAUGGUCAUGUGACUGGAGAAGUCAGCCUCGCCGUAUGGUCAUGUGACUGGAGAAGUCAGCCUCGCCGUAUGGUCGUAUGACUGGAGAAGUCAGCCUCGCCGUAUGGUCAUGUGACUGGAGAAGUCAGCCUCGCCGUAUGGUCAUGUGACUGGAGAAGUCAGCCUACUGCCCGAUGUUUUGUACAAUAUGCUUACAGAAGCUUUCAGAUCUGUGCUUUAUGACAUUUUUACUACCGAACAGACCAGGAGGAAAGGGUCUUUAACUUUUGUUUCUGGAUCAAACAUAGCUGUGGCCGAUAUAGAUUUGUAGUCCUUUCCCACUCGUAAACUUUCGAUUAGAAUCAGCCUUGAACAUUAAUUACUUAACUGCUUCAACUAAACGAGCUCUUCUUUGGUUAUGUCGAUGGAUAUUAACCUACGAGAUUCUGCAUUAUCACUCAAAAGUUAAUUCAUAAGAAAUAUCAAGUAGAAAUCUACGUGUAAACAAAACCAUAAUUUUACCAAACGUGAAUGAAGCAAGACCAAUAUAUCAACACAGGAACCAUUUAUAAAAGUACAAGGGGAAUUCAAAUUAGGUGUUACGGGCGAUACUUGCCUUCUGCCAUCACUAACUGCCUUAUGUCUUUGGCUAGGUAAUGAGAUCUUUAAUAUUGAAUCAACUGUGUCAUGUAAAUUGGGGAAGCAUGAGUGUUUCUGUCAGGAAAUGGAAAGAUUAUACCAUCAUAUUAUUGACCUAAUUUAUCGGUGUAUUGGAGUUGGUCACACUGCAAACCACUAAUGUAGGAGAUUGUCAAAAAACAAUUUCGGCCAAGUGAAAGGCAGUUUUUACGUGGAUAUGCCAAUAUAUCUGUUUGAAUAUAUAUGGACAUCAAAUGAUAUAGUCAACUAGGAUUUCAAGCAUUUUUAAGAUUUCACUUUCCACAUAUCUUCCGUCUCUGAUCGUACAUGUGGCAGUGGAGUAAAUAUUCGUUAAUCUGUGAUGGCUCUCCGUUGCUGUGUGGAAUGAAAACAAACUAAGUUCUUUGUCAUAAUGAGAUGUCCAUGGACUCAACGCCCCAGUUUCAUCAACAACACAUAACUGAAGGAAACCACUUAGCUUAAAACGUUCCAUAGGCUUGUAUGAUUGGAUUUAAGUAAAGCGUCUUAAUGUAGUUAAGGAUUUUUUUUUAAUUAUAUGAUGCUUUCUCAUGGAAAAAAGGUUAUAUUAAGGAAUUAACUGGGGUCAGCUUAGAGAGUGUUUUUCUAUAUAUCCACGGACAUAAAAAACCACUGGAUAGUUUGUUACUGUGCUGAGUGUAAUGGAUUUGGUUUGGUAAUCAUAUUUUGGUAAAUUAUUGGAAUAUUUACCUGCUUUGGUAUGUAUAAUUGAUUUACUAGGUUUGUUGACAGCGGUACAUUGUUUCAUUAUGCACGGUAAGUGUUUGUGCUAGUUUAUUUGAAAUAUCUAUCGGACUGUAAACAAACCCUUCGUAUUAAUAUGCAGAUUGAUAUUACGUAUUGAAACCUUUGGUACAUCUUCACGUGAUACCUAUUAAUAUUACGUUUUGCUGUGCAGCGUUGUGUCGUUCUGUGUUUCGUUAUUGUUGCUUUGAAGAUAAAAUAUUGGAAGAGUAGGUUUUGUUUAGGGAAUUGUGACCAGAGAACAUUUUAAUGUCAUUUUUUAAAUAAUGAAUGAGUAUGAAUUACAACAUAAUUUAAACAGUUUUAUAUUUCAUGAAAAAACGUAAUCAUGUAUGUCAGAAAUAUUACACAACACUGUGUAAUAUUACGAUGAGGCCUUCACGACCUGGUUGUCAACUGAAAGAACAAGACACCCAGAACAGUUUUUGACACUCGUCUUUGUAAUAUGGUAUGCAUUUUUAUGUGCGAUAUCAAUAUGUCAUCAUGAUUAGAUUGCAAUUCCAGACAUUUUAAGUUACAAAUACAUACAUAAUUUAUAUAUACUGGUAUAUACACGUAUGGUACAUUACACCCACAAUGCACUGUAACAAUUAGUGUACAUACCAUAUAAGGAGACAAAUCUAUGUGUGAUAUAAACACUAUGAUACUUGUAUCAACUCUAUAUAUUACUCUCUACUGUUAGAUCUGUACAACUGUAUUUAUUACUCUCUACUGUUAUAUCUGUUGAGUGGACAUGAGAUCAGGAUUUAGACCAAAGAAUGUUAAUGAUGAUAUAUUUAAUGUGGACAUAUUACUUAUUGUAUUUUAUUUGUUAUUAUUUAGAUAUUUAUAUCAGUUCCGAUGCUAGAUACUGUGCUCUUGUGGUAUUUGCAUGGGGCACGUUGAUUGUGAACGUCACAGAAGCUGUCAUACAUGAAAGUUAUUAUCUACCUGAUCCCCAAGAAGACACAUUUCCAAAUUAAACAUUUUUCUUUCAUUGGAAAUGUCGCUUCAUCUUGUUCCAAAUACAUCAAAUGGGGGUGUAUUCCAUGGUCCUACCAUAACGAGAAAACGGUGGGUUUUUUCUUUCUCGUUUUAUACACUGUUGACUCAAGUACUAACCUCCGCAUGAUCAAUGAAAACAUAUAUUUAUGAUCAAUGCAUACAAAAUAAUGUCAGAUAAGUUUUUGAUUUAAAAUCACUCACGAUAUGAUCUAGAAUUUAUGUAUAUAUAAUGCGAUUUAAUGAAAAGGUAAUAUACUUGUGACUAAAUAAAUAACUUACAGUUGGU